UACCACCGAUCGCUGCGUGCUGUACCGUACUCUCGUGUCGAGUCCAAUCCGACUUUUACUUCCUUCUACAACUUUAUUAACUUUUCCGAUUCCUGCCAAAAAUGCGUGUCGCAAUUAUUGGAGCUGGUGCCGCCGGUCUUUCCGCCGCCAGGCAUGUCUCUGCCGAUGGUCAUGAGUGCAAGGUUUUCGAAAUGGGUGCCCAACUUGGAGGCACUUGGGUCUACACCGAUGAUGUCGGAACCGACAAAUACGGAUUUCCGGUUUACUCCGCCAUGUACAAGGGUCUAAGAACUAACUUACCCAAGGAAGUUAUGGGAUUUCCCGAUUUCGCAAUUCCGGAGCAAAAGAAGUCCUACCUUACCCAGGCCGAAGUCCUCGACUUCUUGAACCUGUACGCCGAACACUUUAAACUCAACGACUUGAUUAAGGUUAACACCAUGGUAACGAAUGUACGUCCCUCGGAAGGUCACACCUGGGAGGUGACGUCUGUCCACAAGCCGACAAAACAAGAAACCGUCGAAAUAUUCGACGCCGUGAUGAUAUGCAAUGGCCACUACAACGACCCCAUUGUCCCAAAACUCAAGGGACAAGAAAACUUCAAGGGCCGAAUUGAACACAGUCGUAACUACCGCUCUCCCGAACAGUUCCAAGGAAAAAGAGUUCUGAUUAUCGGAGCGGGUCCGUCAGGCUUGGAUCUGACAUUACAAAUCUCCGCCGUGGCUGAAUACGUGGUCUUAAGUCACCACAGCACCGAACCUAUCAACGCCAAUUACCCAUCCAACGUGAGUCUCAGGCCCGAUGUGGCCUACAUCAAGGACCACGAGGAGAUAGAAUUCGUGGACGGGUGUUGUUGUUGUUUCGACGAGAUAGUGUUCUGUACCGGCUACAAUUACAAUUUUCCAUUCCUCGAUCAAAGUUGCGGUGUAACUGUAGACGACAAUCACAUUCAACCCCUUUACAAGCACAUGAUCCACAUCGACAGGCCCACCAUGUGUUUCAUCGGUAUCCCAUUCAACGUUUGCGCUUUCCAAAUGUUCGAUUUACAGGCUCGUUUCUUCUGCAAAUUCAUGAACGGAUCGAUGCAACUGCCAUCAGCGGACGAAAUGCGAAUGCACACCGAAAACGAUAUGCAGGCAAGAUGGGCUAAGGGUUAUACCAAGCGACAAGCUCACAUGAUGGGACCCGAACAACUAUCCUAUUAUGAAGAUAUCGCAUCAGAUGCCAACACCACUCCUAUUCCGCCUGUCAUUGUAAAGCUGCGGGACCAAAGUGUCAAAAGAUUGUAUGAUGACAUCCUUAACUUCAGGCAGGAUAUCUAUAAGAUUGUGGACCCACAUAACUAUGUUAAAGUCAACUAAUUGUUUCGAUUGCUGUAGUUGCAAAAUCCUAACGAAUGUAGUUAUUAUUAAAUAAUAAUUGGCUAUCUAUCAUUUAUUUUCUACUAAUAAUUAUAAUUAAUGUAUACUAAAAUGUAUUAUAAUUUAUUUCUUUUAUAAAUUAAUUUAACUAUAUUUAUUUACACAAUAAAAAUAUUUACACAUCUACUUCAAAA